AUGGUGCAAGUGAGGAACAAGCAAGUGGUUCUGAGGAACUAUGUGGUGGGUUUUCCCAAGGAAUCAGACAUGAAUAUUGUUGAAGGAAUCAUAACAUUGAAGCUUCCAGAAGGUUCUGAUGAUGUGCUCCUAAAAAAUCUGUAUCUGUCAUGUGACCCUUAUAUGAGAGUGCUCAUGAUGACCAAGGACAGUCUUGUGGGGGUUGCCUCCUACACUCUUGGCUCU